AUGUCGUCACAACGUGCAAAUCUUGCCGGUGGUGGAGAGACAAUGCAGCUGUGUGACGCUGGGAGAAUCGCCCUCAAGAGCUUCGCGUACGGAUGUUCGGUCGUCUUGUUUGUGCCGGUGUACUUUUUCGGCGAGACUUUCUCAUCGUUCAUAACAGAAUGGUGGUUUACGCUCGGUUUACUGUUCGUGGCUUUUGUGCAGUGCUCGCUGUUCCUCAAGUUCUGUCUCCUGUCAAAGCGCCGCGCUGGAUUCAGCGACUAUCCGAUUAUCUGGCGAGCAUCCUUCCUCGGGUCCCUGUUCGGGAUGGCGCUCCUGACAGUUUGCUUCGGACCAAAGUUUCUGACGGGAAUCGGACUCUACGGGAUGAUUCUCUCGUUUUUCCACUUUUCCGAGUACAUUGUCACUGCCUACAUAAAUCCAAGAUUUUUGAAUCUGGAUUCCUUCUUGCUGAAUCACUCGAAAGAGUACCACAUUGCCAUGCUGGCGAGUUGGCUUGAGUUCGCAGUCGAAUGUUAUUUCUAUCCAGAUAUGAAACAGCCAGGCCUCAUCGCCUACACCGGCUUGGGUUUGUGCUGCUCCGGCGAAUUGCUUCGCAAAUGCGCCAUGCUAACCGCCGGCUCGAAUUUCCAUCAUUUGGUGCGAGUGAAGCGCGAGGAAGAUCACAAACUCGUUACCACCGGCGUCUACUCGGUGUGUCGCCAUCCGAGCUAUGCUGGUUGGUUCCUGUGGAGCGUCGGCACUCAGUUGCUCCUGAACAAUCUUUUUUGCACCGUAGCGUACACCAUGGUGACGUGGGUGUUUUUCCGCGAGCGAGUGGAGGACGAGGAGAUAACGCUCCUAGAAUUUUUCGGGAGUGAAUACGCCGAUUAUCAGAAACGCGUCGUUACGGGACUGCCUUUCAUUCGAGGAUUCAAAGCGGACUUAUGAUUGAAGGACGAGGAGGAUUCGCUACGGUAAGAGCUGCACGCGGCAAGCAAUCCCCUCCGGAGCUGAUUGCGCGGAGUCCAUCCCGGGUCCACGAGGACACCGAGGGCGGGAGUGUUAUUCAAGCGAAUUGAUUCUCUCUUCGUUCGAAAAUCAACCGUCUGGAAUAUCGAAUGUUCUUCGAGUUCUCGC